AUGGCUCGCACAUUGCCAUGGUCCAUAGACCAUGAGCCACCAUCGAAGCGCCAGCGAGCUGCUCCAAUGCGUCGUCCUAAGCCAGAGAGGGAGUCUUCGGCCGGUACAAAUGAGGAGUCGGUAGAAGAGAGAGGCAUGGACAGCAGGGGUCGCCAGACACAUACUACGCCAAAGAAGAAUUCGGGAGGUAGGACACCUUCUACAUCACCUCCACGGGCGCCACCCACUCCGGAGCUUAUGAGAGAAGGAUACGAUGGUGACGAUAUUUACGUCAUGGUUGAGGAUGAAUUCUAUACCAUCGCGCAGUCCUACACGGCACAUCUUCAUCAUGCCGAGUACAAGAGACUGGUCAAGCAAGCUCGGGAGGCAGCGCCAAAAGCUCUACCUGAACCAACGUCACCCAUGUCUAAUGAGGCAAAGAAACGAUUACAAAUGGCCACGCUACAGAAGAAGCAGAAAGAUACUCUGCACCAAGUCUUGGGUAAAACAUCCGUGGAAGAGGACGAAGAAGACAACGUGAUCGAUCUUUGGUCUGGUACAAGUCUUGCUCCGCUAAUGACGAGCAACACUCAGGAGAGAACUUCUCUGAUUGGUCUCGAGAGAAUGUCAAGCAGUACCAGGGCUGGCUUGGGUUAUAUCAGGGCUCGUCGCGAUGACAACUUGGUCAGUGAUGAUGAAAACGAGCCUGAUAGCGAAGUGUCUGUGGGUACCCGAAAGGCAUCUUCCCGUCGAAAUGCAAGUCCGACAGACAACAUCCGUUCAAGGGCUCGGCCUCCGAGCAGCGAAUCUUCUGCACUGAGACGUCGUUCGCCUGUUAGCAGACGAGUCGAUCGACCUGUGAACAAUUCUUCAGCCCAUUUAUCCAAGCCCGAGGACUCAGCAGAUGUGCCGGACCACGUGCGCGAGAAUGAAUCCUUUACGACCAAAUCUCGACCAACAGCACGACCAAACGGAAAUGGGUUCUUGAAACGUAAAAUUGAAAAGGAGCAAGACGAGAAGAAGUCAAGGCUCGAAGAUGUGCCAAUGUUCAUCAUUUGA